AUGAGACCGUCGCGACUGGCCAUGCGGCCCUACACCUGUCUCCAAUGCCUCACCAAAACACGACCUUCCACUCUCCGACCGCUUACACAAACACCGCGCAUUGCUUCCCUCCACAACACCUCCCGAUUAACGUCCGACUCUCUUGCUGCCUCUUCUCGACCAAGCAUAGCCCCCAAGCCUGUCGUCGAUAUCAAGCACAUCCGCCAAAACCCCGACCUCUACGCCCAAAACUGCAUCGAGCGCAACUAUCACCAACAAGCCACCUACCCACAGCGUAUCAACGACCUCCACGCCCAAUGGCAAGCCAAGCAGCGCGAGGCUCGUUCCCUCCGUGAGCGCUCCAACAUCCUGCGCCGCCAGCUCACCGACCCGGGCUCCAUCCGCGACGAAAACGCCGACACCAUCGCCGCCGGCACCCAGCUCCUAACAAGAGACGAGCUCAUCGCCGAGGCCCGCAAGCUUAAAGCCCUCCUCUCCACCAUUGAAGCCGAAGAAACCCGCAUCCUCUCCGAGAUCGAGUCCCUGGCGCUAUCCAUUCCCAACCUCACCUCCGACGAAUCCCCCCGGGGCCCCGAGCCCCAAGUUCUGUCCUUGAUCAACGAACACCCCGAACCCGUCCCCUCGGCGUCCGACCGCGUCUGGCGCUCCCACGUGCACAUCGGCAACGAGCUCGGCCUCCUCGACUUUGCUUCCGCCGGCACCACUUCGGGUUGGGGUUGGUACUUCCUCCUCGACGAAGCCGCGCAACUCGAACAAGCUUUGAUCGGCUACGCCCUCGACCUGGCCGUGCGCUCCGGCUGGCGCCAAGUCUCUCCGCCAUCAAUAGUCUACUCGCACGUUGCCUCGGCCUGCGGUUUCCAGCCCCGCGACCAGAACGGCGAAACGCAGAUCUACAGCCUGUCCCAGUCCGCCGAUGACGCGGCGCGGGGUAAGCCCGAGCUCUCCAUGGCCGGCACCUCCGAGAUCCCGUUAGCAGGGAUGCACGCCAACAAGACUCUUCUCUGCCCCGGCGACAUCUCGGAAUUUUCCCCGCUCAAAUACGUCGCCGUGUCACGGUGCUACCGCGCCGAAGCCGGUUCGCGCGGGCUCGAGACAAAGGGAUUGUACCGCGUGCACGAGUUCACAAAGGUGGAGCUUUUCGGGUGGACGUACCCUUCUCUCGAUUCUGCCUCUGAAAUAUUCAACGAGAUCGUCGACUUACAGACGGACCUCCUGUCGUCGUUGGGUCUACACUGCCGCGUGCUGGAGAUGCCUACCCAUGACCUUGGUGCCUCGGCAACACGCAAGAUCGACAUCGAGGCCUUUUUCCCCAGCAGGAGGGAACGGAAUGAAGGGUGGGGCGAGGUGACGAGCGCGAGCAUAUGCACUGAUUACCAGGCUAGAAGGCUGGCGACGAGGCUAAAGGGCGAAGAUGGAAAGAUGAUUGAGGGCGGGUAUCCCUUCACAGUGAACGGGACGGCCAUGGCGGUGCCGAGAGUGGUGGCGGCGUUGUUGGAGAACGGGUGGGAUGAGGAGACGGGGACGGUGUUCAUUCCGGAGGUGUUGAGGGGGUGGAUGGGUGGUAAGGAGAGGAUUGGGCCAAAGCCAAAGACUAAGAAGGGGUUGGGGGUUGGUGUUUAG